GGGGGGGAGAGAGCGAGAGCGAGGCUCUGCGUGUAACUGUAGGAGAGAGAGGACAGAAGAGUCCGCGGAGGAGAAAACGAGGACAGAUCGGAGGCAGGAAGCAGGAGACGCUCCUUCGGAGGAAGGUGCUUGGGCAUGCGGACCGGUUCUGAUCCUGCCCGCGACAACGCCGACUCCGCGGGACCGACUGACCGCCGAUCAGCGCCGACAGAGCCCGGGACCAGUCACUCCGACCACUUUCUCCCGCGACAGACGCCGGCUUCUGACGCCAUGCCACCGGACGCCCGCUCGGCCGGGUUCCGACUCCGCGGCACCGUGUCCGCGGCGCUGUGGAUCACGCUGCUGUGGAGCUCAGUCGCCGCAGGAGAUAAAGAAGUCCCCUCGGCCACCCGCUCCACCCCAUCUGUAGUGGCGACCACAAAUGAAAGCGGCCUCGGCGGCAAAAGCUCUCAAUCUGCAGCCGGAGGAAGUCUGCUUCGCUCCAUUCUGGCGGAAAAAGAACGUCUCGCCUCCCAGAAAGGGCCGAUCGGCCCCUCUGCUCUGCCCCAGAACCUGCUGCCUCUCCUGGGCAGAGGACUCAGCAUCGGCUCCCUCCCUGGAGGUCCCUCCCUGGAGCAUCAGAGCGGGGGGCUACUGAGCCGAGUGAGACCCCCGGCGUCGGCUGCAGCGUCAGGCCACGGCGGCCGCCCAAGCCAGCCUCCUGCUGCAGACACACAAACAUCCAGUCUUGAGCAAGAGGCUGAGGCCACCACGCAAGCCGCCACGCAGGACGUGGACACCGAGACGCCUUCAUCAGCUGUGUCGAGCUGCAUGGUGAAUUUCUCCGACCCAGAGGGAUACAUAGACUCCUCUGAGGACCCUCCCCUGCCCGACAGCACCGUCCUACAGUGCACCUACACAGUGACCGUGUACACGGGCUAUGGAGUGGAGCUGCAGGUGAAGAGCGUGAACCUGUCAGAAACCGAGCAGCUGUCAAUCAGAGGUGUGGAUCAGAAGGGUUCGCUGCUGGUCUUGGCCAAUCAGUCGCUGCUGGUCGAAGGUCAGGUGAUCCGCAGCCCCACCAACACUCUGUCCGUCUACUACCGCUCGGCAGCCGAAGGAAGCAUGGGCAUCUUCCAGCUGCACUACCAGAUCUUCAGGCUGAGCUGUCCGCUGCCUAAAAGGCCUCACUUCGGCGAGGUGUUGGUGCUGGACCUGCUGCCUGGAGGCACCGCCCGCUUCCACUGCCACAUGGGUUACCACCUGCAGGGGGAGCCGCUGCUCACCUGCCUCAACGCCUCGCUGCCGGUGUGGAGCGGCAGGGAGCCCAGCUGCAGGGCUCUGUGUGGGGGCACAAUAAAGAACGCCACGGUUGGGAGGGUGCUGUCCCCUUCUCCACAUCACGGACCCAACGCCACCCAGGACCGCUCCUGCUCCUGGUCCCUGGAGGCACCCAAGGACCAGAGGUUGCACCUCCACCUGGAGCGACUGGCCUUGGGACCCACCGACAGGCUGGUGCUGUGGAGCGGCCUGGACGCCGGCUCUGUGGUGCUGUUCGACUCUGGUCGGGGCGGCCAGAUUCCAUUUGAGGGAGUGAUCAGUGAGGGUCCAGCCGUGAGGAUCCAGUUCAUUACUGACGAGCCCAACCACAACAUGGGAUUCAACAUCCGCUUCGAAGCUUUCGAACGCGGCCACUGCUACGAGCCGUACCUUCAGAACGGAAACUUCACCACCUCGGACCCGCUGUACGGCGUCGGAGCUGUGGUUCAGUUCACAUGCGACCCGGGCCACUCUCUGGAGCAGGGGCCCCCCGUCAUCGAGUGCAUCAGUGCGAGGGACCCGUACUGGAACGACACGGAGCCGCUGUGCAAAGCCCAGUGUGGAGGAGACCUGAGCGGUCCGGGAGGGGUGAUUCUGUCUCCCAACUGGCCGGAGUGGUACGGGGAGGGGGAGGACUGCAGCUGGAGGAUACACGUCGGGGAGGAUAAACGAGUGCUGCUCGACGUACAGCUGCUGAACAUCAGCGACAGCGACAUGCUGACCAUCACCGACGGCGACGAGGUCACCACGCGGAUCCUGGGGCGCUAUGUGGGCGGCAGCAGCCCCUUCAAGCUCUCCUCCACCACCCCGGACCUGACCGUCACCUUCCAUUCGGACCCAGCGGGGCUCGUCUUUGGCAAAGGCGAAGGCUUCAUCAUCAACUACAUGGAGGUGUCCCGAAAUGACUCGUGUCCAGACCUGCCUGAGAUCCAGAACGGCUGGAAGACCACGUCCCACAUUGCCCUGGUGCGAGGGGCCCGUAUCACGUACCAGUGCGAUCCUGGUUAUGACCUGGUGGGAUGGGAAACUCUCACCUGUCAGCUGGACCUGUCCUGGAGCUCCCAGCCCCCGUUCUGUGAAAAAAUCAUGUACUGUUCAGAUCCUGGCCACGUGGAGCACUCCACCAGGUCCCUGUCAGACCCUAAACUCCUGGUGGGGACCACCAUUCAGUACAGCUGCAACCCUGGCUUCAUCCUGCAGGGCGGCGCCUCCAUCACCUGCUACGGCCGAGAGCCGGGGACGCCUGUGUGGACGUCCCGACUCCCUCACUGUGUUCCUGAGGAUUCAGUCUCCUGCGAAAACCCUGGCCUGCCUGACAACGGCUACCAGAUCCUGUCCAAGAGGCUCUACCUGCCUGGCGAGUCGCUCACCUUUGUCUGUUACCAGGGUUACGAGCUCAUUGGAGAGGUGGCAAUUAAAUGCAUCCUGGGAAACCCGUCCUUCUGGAGCGGCCCACUUCCUCUCUGCAGGGCCAACCAUGAGUGCUUUGGCAACCAUGCUUUAGAAGUUGCAGAGGCGACUGCUGGCUCCACCCUGGAUGGAGGGAACAUCGCCGUGGCCGUCUUCAUCCUCGUACUUCUGCUCUCCGUGCUGCUGGGAGGCGCUUAUGUCUACGUCACGAGGUGUCGAUAUAACUCCAACCUAAGGCUGCCUCUCAUCUACCCCCACCCUUACAGACAGAUCACUGUGGAGACCGAGUUUGACAACCCGCUCUACGAGACCGGAGGAGACACUCGUGAAUAUGAAGUAUCAAUAUGAGGAGAGGAGUCACAAAAGACAUUUCUGAAGCAAGAACAGCCGCCCCGUCCUAACUCUUCAUCCUAUCUUCCCUCCUUCUCCACCCAGGAGGAGGCCAUGUAAAUACAAAUAGAUGAUGUCCAGCCCCUUCUGCCAUGAGACGCAGUGACUGAUCCUGUUCUCUCCUCCUGUGACGUGACAGAAAUGAUGGUAGCAUGAGAGGAAACGUGAAGCAGGAGCCGAGACCAAGCUGUGUGGAUAAGUAAUAGGACGCGGAGGAAAAAGUCUUCUGUCCAAAGAUCAUCGACUGUGGUGAGAAAAGACGAGAUGUCAGGGACAGAAAUAAUUACUGUAACGGAGGGGAGAAGGGGAAGAGGUCUGGGACAGGACACAGUAACCGGAAGGAGGAACGAGGGGUUUUAAGCUUUUAUUAAGCUCACUAAAUGAAGCAUUUAAAUCAAACACUUAAAACCAAAACUGUGGUGGGUCAUAUUUCAUUUAUGCAGCAAGCGUUUAAUGUCUGAAAAGAUGACACACACACACACACAGCACACAAAUCUAAAGUCAAAGAGCCGUGAGCCUCUCUGGGUUCUGACUGGGCUCAGCUGUGGGCACACCUGAAGACGUGCAUCACAAAAUAGUGAUGGUGAAGUUUUUGGAGGUUUCCAGGGACUAAUGUACAAAUACCAAACCAUGGAUUCAAAAUCAGUAACACAAGAAAACAGACCAGACGCCUUUUAGAAUGCUAAUCAUCCACUGUAACAAAGCUCGGUGACGUAUUUGCAGUUGUCGUGGUAACCUUGGGUGCCACCAACCCAUCCGGGAGCCGUGUGGAGAAUUCCACCCCCACGGGUCUCGGGGUUCAUUUGUCAGCUCUUGCAGUGGAGGUGGACUUUGAUUUUUGCUUUGGUGUCCCCACCGUGGCCGCGCUUCCUGUCUCCUGUCCUGGACUCCCUCCUGCCUGCAGACCCCUUCCAGCCUUUUUCACUUCAGCCGCUCCACGUCUGGCUUUAGCUGUAGUCGAGUGCUAAUUAAGUCUUGGGCUCGAGUGCGAUGCAGUGCUGUGUUCUUAUUUGUCGCCGUAGACUGGCCUCGGUCCCCAGGUCUGGACCAGCUGCUAGUGAAAAAGGCUAAAAGUAAAACAUGCAUUGUUGCAGACGUGGAGGUCAGACGUCGCCCUGUGAAUAGUGUAGUUUUCGUUAACUGACCGAUCUUUGAGUGCAAUCGACUCAGCAGAUGACGUAUUUAUUUUGAUGUACUGUAUAAGUGAUGUUUUAUGCAGAUUGAUAAAUGUACAUUUUCAUUGAGACGACAAAUGUUAACAGUUUCCCUAAAUAAUGUUAAAACUCAAAUAAAAAGUACAAAACUUUGUUUCUAAA